AAAGGAAUCUCCGGGUCAGUUUUAAUCCGUGACGAAGACUUUACACGGGUCAAAAAUUACACGGAUCAAAGUAGAGGUUCUACUUGAAAACACAACCAUGCCACGAGGUAGCACUUAUGUUGACAAUGCCCAGAACAGACGUCUUGGUCGAGUUGGUGCUCCAAUGGGCUCAAUGCCCGUGUCUCGAUCUUCAGGUGCUUCAAGUGUUCCGAGCCAAGGAACCUACGUCGACAACGCCCAAAACCGAAGCCUUGGUCGAGUUGGUGCUCCAAUGGGCUCAAUGCCCGUGUCUCGAUCGUCAGGGGCUUCAAGUGUUGGUGCCGGCAUGGGAUCUGCGACAGUAUCCUGGUCACCUUAUGGUGGUGGUGGAUCGUCAAAUUAUUCCUUUAUCAGCCACAGUAGCUACAUAGACAACGCCUAUAACCAAAGCGUUGGUCCUUUUGGAGCUUCAAAUUUUGGCUUAAUUCCCAUGUCCGUAGACAACGCAAAUAACCAAAGCGUUGGUCCUUUUGGAGCUUCAAAUUUUGGCUUAAUGCCCAUGUCCGUAGACAACGCAAAUAACCAAAGCGUUGGUCCUUUUGGAGCUUCAAAUUUUGGCUCAAUGCCCGUGUCUCGAUCUUCAGGUCUUUCAAGUGUUCCGAGCCAAGAUACUUACGUAGAUAACGCCUACAACCAAAGCCUUGGACGUGUGGGUGCCGCCUUGGGGUCAAUGUCUAUAUCCAAGAAAGGUCAAGGGUCAACAGCAUCCAGUUAUUCGUCGGAGGAAACGGAGUUGUACGUGGAUAACGUCCUCAACAGGAGCCUCGGUCGUGUUGAAAAGCCUCUUGAGACCGCACCGCAUCACCGACCAACGACAACUGAAGACCGCCUUCAUGAGAACGACACCAUCAAUCAAGGGCUUGGCGUAACCGGCAAAAAAAUCACAAAGAAAAGUUUCCGCAAAAACGAGAAAAAGACUGAUCAGCCAGCAGAUUUACUCUCCAAAAUCGGUUGCGAUGAUGAACCGAUCGAUUAUGAUUUUGGACCAGUCUCGGACCAGGAGAAAGAAAACAUGACGGAGACAUUUUUCAACAUUUUCAGGCGUCAGGAAGAGGAAGCAAAAUGGCAGGAGUCAAACCAAGGCAAACGAGCUCAAACCGAUGUCAGAGUCUUCAAAUAUGAUGGCCAAGUUAUACCCUUCGAAGAGAUUAAUCUGGGAAAGAAGAUCGGACAUGGAGGCUUUGGAGACGUCCACUUUGCCAAGUGGGAUGGUAGUGUAGUUGCUGUCAAGAAGCUCCGUGUGCAACGCGUGUCUCAAAAACGCCUGAGACAGUUCCAGGACGAGGUUAAAGUCCUCUGUAAGUUAGAUCAUCCCCACAUUGUGAAGUUUCUGGGUGCUUGUAUUGUCACACCAAACCUGGCUAUUGUGAUUGAGUAUAUGCAGAAGAGUCUCUAUGACGCACUCCAUGUUAAAGAUGUUGACUACUCCGAUGCUGAGCAGUACCAGAUAAUCAGAGGCAUGUCAGAUGGUUUGGAUUAUCUGCAUCAGAAAGAAGUGGCACAUUGUGACAUCAAGUCCACCAAUAUACUGCUCGAUAUCCCAGAAGAUGGUGUGGUUGCAAAGAUCUCCGACUUUGGUCUCAGCAUGAUGUAGUAUGAAACAGAGACAUCACAGUCUGUUGCGAAGGUUGUUCAGGGCGUUGGCACACCGAAAUACUCCGCUCCUGAGGUCUUGGCCGGGGAUGAGUUAGACCUAGUCGCCAUGUGUAAGGCCGAUGUUUACUCCAUGGCUGUGGUGGCUUGGGAAGUUAUCUGUCACGAGGAGCCUUUCUCUGGGUUGGGGAAUAAACAACAGCUUGGGCGUCGUGUUAUGGGUGUUAAAGGCCAAGUGGAGUUGAAGAUUCCAAAUGACAUCAACAUUUCAGGAGGUUUGCUGAGUCUACUCAAGGAGUGCUGGAGCAGAAAUGCCAACAAGCGACCAUCAGCAGAAGAAUUUAAGAAACGUGUAGGCAAGUUUGGAGGAAUCAAAUAAAGUGAUGGUAAAGGUAAAUAAAUUCACUUGAUGACAACGCUGAUAACGGUGAUUG